AGCGGGAUGCUCUCUUUCUAUCAGACGAACGAAACUCAAGGAGCGAUAGUUACCUUUGGACAGAAAACCGUUUCAUAACAAACAGGAAUAACUUCAGAAAGAGAUAAUCACUAGUUUAAGUAUGUAAAUAACCAUUGGAAUCAAUUAUUGUGUCUAAUUUCACUCAUAGAAAAAUCGAAAGGAACAAUACUUUAAAGAUGCAAGUGAUAAUAUUACCUGCUUUGAUUUUGCUGUCCACAUCAUCGUUAUUUUCAACAGUAUGCUGUGCUCCUAAUCACCACCAUAACAAUCACAAUGAUUUUCCAUGGCAAAAUAUCUUAUCUUCACUUGGAAUUGUCAUCGAAAAUCAAACUAGCCUCAUUUCUACCACUGAAACUAAUGGAGGCGCAACCGAGGGCAGCAAAGAGCAUUUUACUUCAGAAUCUACAGUGGAAAUAUUGAAAUCUGAGAAGACAGACGGAAAUGAAAUACCAGUUGUUGCACAAAACGGUACAACAAUUGAAGUUACUUCGGGUGGUAAUAGAGGUCUCGGCACUGGUUAUAUAGUUGGUAUUCCAAUUGUCAGCAUUCUAUUUUUCAUUUGUUUCUGGUACUGCAUAUGUAAAUGUUGCUGUGAAUGCUGUCAAAAAGAAAGACCAGGAGUCGUCGUCAUGCAGUCGAAUACUAUGCAAGCCCAGCAACCUGCUCCUGCGCCUCAAAUAAUUCUUCAGCAGCCGAUUAUUCACCAGCAAGCACCACCUGUUUACGAUGCAUCGCAAAGAUGGGCGCAACCUCCUCCACAAUGGAAUCAACCUCCACAAGGACCUCAGUGGGCGCCUCAUCCCAUGGGCCAACAGCAACAGUACUCGCCGAACAGCGGUUAUGACAACGCUGGUUUUAACCCCGCCACAGCCCCACCUCCCUAUAACACAGGAAAAUAUUAGCACCAUUCUGAUGCAACUGAACUUAUGGUAAAAGACUUUAAUUGCUGGUGAGAUUAUGAGACGCAACGAAGUGACAUAAGCAACGGAAAACAGGAGACAACUGUCACUGUUGUUGUGUAACUAAUACUUUUAUGUAAUAAAAUUCUUUUGAAAACAUU